CUGCUGACGUAAUCAUUCCACUGCAGGACGAUCUUUGCUUUCCUUCACAGUUCCAAGAUCAGCCAACGCAGCUGUAGUCUCUGCACUUAUUUCUGCCCGCCAAGUACAAGCGAGCGGGGGGUCAAUCAUCGCUACGCGAUUGCGCGCACGUCCGAUGUGUGCUCACAGUGCGUGCGAGUUGAACUGACAGUCUUAUGCAAGCCUCCCUACACAGAGACACGAUGUCCGACGCUGCUCCUCCACCAGGUAACAACGGGGACCCUGCACUAAACGGGUCAUGGGUGGAGCUGGAGAUCAACAGAAGUGGAGGUGCUGUCCCCCCUCCCUCCUCCUCCACCACCUCCACCUCCUCCACCACCUCCUCCUCAGGGCCCGGUGCGGUGGCGGCCCCGGAGCUGCCGCAGGUGGUGGAGGAGGAUGAUGCGAUGGUUGGAGGCCUGGAGCACGUGCCGUCGUCCUCGUCCAUCCACAACGGGGACAUGGAGAAGAUCCUGCUGGACGCUCAGCACGAGUCCAGCCGCAGUAACUCCUCCUGUGACAGUCCUCCAAGGCCCCACACUCCCCAGGAUGAAGGCCAGAUCAUAUUUGAUGCGGACAACAGGAGAGAUAGUCAGUCGGAGGUGGACAUUCUGGAGCGGGAGCAAGAGGAGGACAUCCUCAUGAAGGAUUCUGAUUGGGUGGCAGACUGGUCCAGUCGACCAGAAAACGUUCCACCCAAAGAGUUCCACUUCCGUCACCCGCGGCGCUCCUUGACGCUGAGCAUGAGGAAGACUGGGGUGAUGAAGAAAGGCGGGAUCUUCUCUGCUGAAUUCCUCAAAGUGUUUAUCCCGUCACUGCUCAUCUCACACAUACUGGCCCUCGGACUAGGGGUGUACAUUGGGAAGCGUCUGAUUACGCCUCCCGCCAGCUCCUUUUGAUUGACAGCUGAUGAAAGUGCCUGGGGCUCCGCCCGUUGAGGCCGGGGGGGUUUGGGGAAGGCGAGUCAAAUGUUGCAGUUUGUACAAAGGAACGUCCCUCCCUCUCUCGGUCUGCCCUCCCUCUCUCUCCCCCCUCACACCUUUUUUCCCCUGACCCUCAUCCUCCUCUCCUCCUCUCCUCCUCUCCUCUCCUCCUCUCCUCUCUGCGGCCCACCUGCCAUAUAUGUUCUGGCCAGAGAAGUGCCAUGUUUUUUCGGAGAAGAGAAGGCCCGUUUUUUUUGUUGUUGUUUUCUUUUCUUCUGGCUGUUCGUCUGAUUCAGAUGGAGACGAAGGGCUUCCUAUGAGACAGAAAGAUGGUUGCCGUGGAAACCAAAUAGUUGAGCGGUGGCUCGAGUUCCUGCUGUGACUUUGUGGAAGAUGAGAGUUGUGUCUGUCCAGCAAGCUCAGGAUGUGUUCACACUCUCACAAACACACAAACACACACACACACACACACACGCACACACGCAUACACUCACACACACUCACAACUUAUUCCUGCAUCCUGAAUGGGAACUCACUCCAAAAAUCUGGAAAUGUGAAAACGCAUUUUUGUUCCAGAUGACUUAAAGUGCAUGUUACUCUAAGUUUCAGUUCAUAUGUAGUUAUGUUUUUCAGUUAAGGCCCAGAACAGUGGUUUUGGAGAGCUUGUUUGGUGUGUGUGUAUGUGGUGUGUGUGUGUUGUAGUUCAGAGCAGUGACUUUUGGAGAGCUUGUGUGUAUUCGGACAUAGUAGAGGAUCCAGUGGCCUGAGAAGACAUGAGGAAUGGAGACUGACUUGGUCCUCCAUCUCCACACACACACACACACACACACACACACACAUUCAUAUAUAUACGGACACACACACACACACACAAGUUUAUAAGUACCUACUUUGCUAAUGUCCUCUGUCUUAUCUUUUAACAAGAAGAAAAAUGCAUGAUGGGAACAAAUGCCUGCUCUAUGUGUUGUCAUGGAAACGGCACGCCAAGCUGACCCGUGUGCGGGCAGUGUGAGCUGUGUGUAAGGGCCUGGCACCGGAUGGCUUCAGGUUGGCAUUCACCCACGCUUGUCUUUAUGGGGUUUUUUUUUCUCGUCAUAUCACACCAGGCCAAGCAGGUGCAGUCACGGCCAGGUGAAAAGGACGCAGUGACCCCUGGCCGACCCCUGACCCCUGGCCCAACUCCGUGUUGCUUUCUCUGUUUGUGCUCAGAGAUUAGUUUCUCUGUUUUUUUCCCUGUUUGUGUGUGAGGAUCAACAGCCCAGCCCCACAACACCCCACCCCAAGGCCUCCACACCGCACUCCCAUGAUGCACUGGUGUGGGUGGUGUGAUGUGACCGCUGGACCCCGCUCCUCCCAUCUCUCUGACCCAGCCGAUGGGGCAACCUGAGCGGACGUCUUAUGGUUACAUCACACAGUCACAGCCUCCUCAUGCUCUUCCAACACAGAUGCUCUCCGUUUCUGAAAACUUCCAGCUUAAGUUGCUUGCAGCUUCAGAGCGCAUCUAGUUUUAGUUGGUCUCCGUUUCUAGAUGCUUCUUUCCGGCCAGUAAUAGUCUAGCAUGUAGUAGCCUCAGGAGUCAUGGGUUUCAUGACCCAUCUGCCCCCUUGAGCAAGGUACUGAACCCCGAGUUGCCCAUGGAGACUGCCCCUUGUAAUUGGUAUCUGCCCACAUUUUUCCUACAGGUCGAGGAUCGAACCGGCAACCCUUCAGCAACCCCACGGCUGCCCCUAGCAUGGCUGCCUCUAGCUUUGGAAUAAGGCGUCAGCUAAAUGCAUAAAUUAAUACAUUUCUUCUUCUCGUCAUCGCCUGCAGAAGACCCCUGUGCCUGUUCAGUAGAGCCAUGCAGCUUGUUGUACCCAUCAUGCUGUUUCAUAGUGCAUUCUCAUGAGCCCUGACCUCUGGGCCUGUUCAGUAGAGCCAUGCAGCUUGUUGUACCCAUCAUGCUGUUUCAUAGUGCAUUCUCAUGACCCCUGACCUCUGGGCCUGUUCAGUAGAGCCAUGCAGCUUGUUGUACCCAUCAUGCUGUUUCAUAGUGCAUUCUCAUGAGCCCUGACCCCUGGGCCUGUUCAGUAGAGCCAUGCAGCUUCUUAUUAGCCUGGCCCCACCCACCUAAAUCUUCUUUCAGGGAGAUCUAGUCUGGAACACCAUAGUCCAUAACCGUUUCCCUUCAGACAACAAAAAUGUCAGGCCAAUCAGCGACGAGAGGGGAAUACGAAACCAAACCUUAUUGUGAUAAACAGAAGCAGAAACACCUGCAAACAUCAAAAAAUGCAGUUGGAAAAAUGCAGAAAUGUAUUUACAGCAAAGGUAGACCCACAUGCAUUGUUUCCUGACUGUUGAUGCUGAUUAUUGUCAGUUUGAAAAGUGUAGGUGAAAUAGGAAGUAACGUUAGGAAUCUCUGAUAAAUGUGAUUGGUAAGGCUGGACCAAUGAUUUAAAAGUUAGUGCCCGUCACGAUGCAAGUGUUGCAAACGUUUCCCAGAGUCACCACUCACUUGGUGAAUGAGUUUGGAUUUUUCCAGGCUAGCUUCUUAUACCUAUCAUAGCGUUUCAUAGUGCAUGAGUGGAGGGGACAUGAAGCUAUCGUAGUGUAUCAUAGGGCGUGUUAGACCUGACGUAGUGUUUCAUAGUGCAUGAACGUGGGGUGGGGUGCACGGAGUAUCUGCUGCCACACAGUCAGGGCUGGGUUCUCUUGGCUGCCGAAAAAAAAAAAGAAGAAAAAAAACAGCAUUUUGCAUUUCUUCAUUCUCUUCAGUGUGUUUUGUGUUAAAUGUUUGUAUUUUUUGGUUAUUAUUUUGUAUUUUUUUUUUUUUUUUUUUUGGUUUUGUUGCGUGUUUGUUUUUCUCUUGUUUUUGGAGACUCAAGCUACUCAGAACGAACUGAACGCACCACAGAGGAAGUGGCUCAGGACUGAUGGGAGGUGAAGACAACAGCGGUGUGUUUUAGACGGAAUUUAGAUGGAAUAAAGUUGGAGGAGGGGACACGUUCCACCGAACAACAUGUCAGGAGGGCAAAGACAGACCUAGU